AUGGAUCCCUUGUCCGUCCAAGCGAGCGUCGCAGGGAUCGCCACCGCGGGCGCCGCGCUUGCAAACACGCUGUUCCGUCUCGUGAGGACAGUUCGCCAUGCGCCCAGGGAGAUACAGUCGGUCGCUAUCGAGAUGUCGAGUCUGGCCUCGACUCUAGAGCACCUUCACGAUGUCCUCGCUACCGGCGCGUCUUGCGCGAAGCCGUCAUUCCUCCAGGGCGUCGAGGCCGUCGUCGCAAAUAUCACGUCGACUCAAGACGAAAUUUCCACAAUGAUAUCUAACGACACCAUUUUUGAAAGGCUGCGGUGGAUGAAAGCUGCCGGUAUCCUCUCUGAUAUCGAAAAGCACCGAGUCACAGUAACUCUGCAGACAUCCAUAUUGUCUGCAGCCAUCCUUGUCAAAUCCACAACUACCAGACACUCUUCAGCCCACGAACGGCCCGAAAACAGGUUCAGGAUACAAGCAGAGAGUCUCAUUCAAGCUGGUCAGGUUUCACUAGAACACGACAACAGAUACACCAGGAUUUCACGACAGAGGGCUCCCAGCCCCCCAUUUCGGACCACCAAACGAUUACCAAGUCCUGUCCGCCGUUCCGAGAUACCAGGACAUGUAUGGCCAGAGGAUCUUUUCGACCGUUCUGGCGCACCAACGACUGGAGCUCGAAACCCAUCUUCGCCUUUAGAGCGACGUCGAUCCUCUCGCAGCACCCGUAUUCCAAAGAAGGCCACAGUGAGCGAUGCUGGUGAGGAAGAGGGGGAAGAAACUCCGGACCAGGGCAACGAAGCAGAUCUGGAAAACGACGCAUCAGAUGAACCCAGACGACGGGGUUCCAACGGAAAGGUUGUGCAGCUCGGUCACAAUUUCCGCGUUCGAGGAGAUGCAGCUACGUUUUUGUACAAUUUGGUCUUUCAAAAUCAAUCACCAAGCCCGGGAGAUGCCAAAGAGGAGCACAGUUCAACCGAGGAGGAAGGAUGGACAGGAUUGACUUCGGAAGACUCCGAACAAGAAUCUCGAUACUCGACACGACAUGCGAGCAGACCACCACGAGAACGACCAACGCCACCGGAGCCGGAGAAGGCGGUGGACAAUUUGCUUCUGAAAUGGACUUUGUUGAGCGAAAGGGAGAUUGAGAAAGGGGCCAGCGAAUCAAAAUCACCAGAGAAGGAACAUACUCGUGAACGGCCUUCGUAUGGAAGCAAGGAGGAUGACGAUUGGGGAGAGUUCCUUCGAAAGGUAAGCCAAGACACAGGGGCACGGGCUGUGUCACCAGCCUCUAACAAAAACCAGCCUCGCAAGUCCCAGUCCACUCCAUUCUUCAGGAACACUGGGGGUAUUCCAAGUAGUCCUGAAGGCGCAAAGAGUGUGAGACGAAUAAUCCGACCAACUCGAUCCGAGACUCCUCAGGCAGGCAUCUCACCGGGCAACCCGUUUUCGAAGCCACCCAUGGACCGGCCCCAGAACAGAUACUCGAUGCCUUUUGCACAUCCAUCAUUCAACACCAGCGGCCCCUCUGUUCAUCCCCUGGGAGGAUUUGGACCCAGGGAUGUUCCGCCGCCGCCCUGGGCUCAACCACCAGCAUUCCUCUUCCCCAGACAACCAGGUCAGCCUCCCUAUGAAUCAAGCUGGCGUGACAGCCGCGAACCGAAAAAGGAAGAAUCAAAACCGAUCAAGGGGCCCCUCCAAAAACCAAACAUUGUGAUCCUGCCCUACGCCGAGGAGACCGACUUUGAAACUGGCGCCUCGACACCUGAUCUUGACAUUGCUUGUCUCGGCCUUACUGUUGUGCGGCAGCGUGAAGAAGCUGUUUGGAACAGUGAUGAGUUUAUCAAGAAGCACGGUAUGCCUGGCAAGGCCAUCAUGGCUUCUCUCGUUGGAGACAGAUCAGCAUGGAACGCCCAUGGUCUCGACCUCGCCCACACAUUGAUGCGGGGACAAAACACCAAGCUCAUCUACGUACGAGGCAAUGGUAAGUCAACAUCUCAAAGUGAUCAGAAACAUGCUUACCAAUUAGAACUCGGAGAAACGUGGUUUAUGAACGAGCAGCCCGUCUUCCUGCAAUUCUACCACUGUGGAUAUCUACCACAGUUCUACCCAGCCAGGCAGUCGGACGAAAAGGCGCAGAAGGAAGAGUACGUGGCCAUUGGAGAGGAAUGGGCCAGUCUUGAGGCUCUGAGCCAGCUCGGCCUAUCAGUCAAGGGGCAACAGGAGGGGAGGGUCUUGCUAGAUCCUACCACUACAUGGUCCAUGCUCAAAGAGCUGGCCACUACGACACUGCAACUCAGAUGCAUGAAGCAACGACGACAGUUUACAUCCACAUUCUACAACUCGAUAUCCUUGUUCCGCAAGACGCACGGAGAAGUUGAACCUGAGCCCGAGACGUUGGAUACUCUAGAAGAGGAGCCCCAGGAUACGACAGUCACGCCACCACCAGAGCCAGUGGUGGAACCGAGUACACCAAGCACGCUUACCACGCAAAGUUUCAGGAUAUUCGACUACGAGGUGAAGGACGAGGAGGAACCUUCAGUCCCUAUACGGGCUCGUAGUGUGGCAGAAUCACACCAUGAACCGCCCCAAAUGUCGACAGCCCAGUCGACACGCUCAGCUCCACCGCCUGUAGUUCCUCAACCCCCACCUGAGCUGGAUCAAGACGACAACAGAUCAGACAUGUCAUCUGAGACGCUUCUAUCAAGAUUCGUCCGACGGUACAAACCCAAGAAGAAGCAAAGCCGCCAUCCACUCCGGAACCGCCACGAUGUGUCUCAGACGAUAGCUGAGCAUGGAGGCAGUAAUGACAAAAGGGCGCCAACACCAUCCGACUCUGGUAUUGGAAGUUCAGUAGCUUCAGCCCGACCCUUGUGA